GCCGCCCCGUCGGCUGCCGGGUCCAGUCCCCUGGUACAACUCCGGCUUGAUCUGUCCGAUGAGCUUGGCUUUUUCCUCACCGCCUGGGCACCCAGCACAGCUUCCAGGACACGAAGAGGGAGACACCCAGAAGGACAAUGCCACAGAACGUCACGAUGACCGACAGCAGGCUCACGGAGAUGUCUGGAGAGAGUGAGGACAAAGGAGCACUUCUUGUGGACCUGGAGACCCUAGAGGAGACGCAGGCUCGGAGCCUGGGCAGACCUGUCAAAUCCUCGUGAGUGGUCCCCGGCCCCAUGAUUUCUGAUCUCAGCUCCUCUGAGUGCGAUGGCAUGGACCCCUGACUUUGGGAGGUCCCUGUCCGCUGGCUGUCUUCCCAGGAAGCAGUAUCUGCGCCAGGUCAUUGCAGAAUACGAGGCACUGGACCGAGAGCUCCCAUACAUCCGCAAGUUCCCUGUGCCACCCGCCGCCCAGCCCCUCUGUCUGUGCAUGGAGACCUCACCCGAAGAGGACCUUACCCACCUGGAGGUGCUGGAGGCGCUGGAGGCCGAGUUCCCCGGGGCCAUGGAGAGCGGGCGUGUGAGCAGCAUCCGCUUUGAGAACAUGAACGUCAUCUGUGGGACUGCCGGGCGCCGGGACCGGUGGCUCAUCACGGUCACGGACUUCCAGACUCGCUCGCGCCUACUGCGCUCGGGGCUCCGCCUCCGCGGGCUCCAGCACCCUCUCGUGCGCCACGACGAACUGCUGCUGGGCGAUUACCGCCUGCACCUGCGCCGCUCCCUGGUCCGACGGCGCAUGCUCGAGGCUCUGGGGGCGGAGCCGACCGAGGAAGACUGACGUUUGGGGGCGGGCCCCGGCUGCGCCUGCGCACCGCCCAGCGGGCUCAGGCGACCCACCCGGAACCCCGAAGGAAAGGGGCGUUGCCUUCCCAGGAAGGAGGCGGGGUCGGCUCGAGGGGGUGGAUACUGUGAGUUUAAUUAUAAAGAAUGACCUGGUACAAAAGCCAUUUCUCUCUGCAAAAUCUUGGUGGGGAGUCAGGGGGUGGGAGGUGAUGGGGGGUAGGAACGAACCCCCAUGAUAUAAUCCCGCCUCCCUAAUCUUCCCCCCGUCCCUGGAAAUGGACGCCUGGGUCCCAAUCCCUUGAGGGAUGAACUCUGAGGCCCGAGAGAGGGAAGACCCGGGCGCCGGGGCUUUGAACGCGUGCGGUCCUUGUCCCAGCGAGAACCAGACGUCCUCAUCCGCCCCCCUCCUCUUCCUCCUCCCACCCCCCUUGGAAGACAAUUCUCGGGCUUUUAUUUCAGGUUUUUUUCUGGAUUUUUUUGUGUGUGUUCUAGUUUUUUUUUUUUUUUUUUUGUAUUUUCCUUUGUUAUCGUUCCUCUUUUUGCUUUGUCUCUUCUCUUCGCCCCGCGCUGUCCC